CAGAUCUCCUAAACGAGCUUAUCGUAACCUCGCGGCCGAAACUAGGGUUUCAUUCGCACCGUCCUUGUCAAUCCUGUAACUCCUCUUGGCCGCUACCUGAUAAAUCAUCUCAAGGCUCACCAACACCAACUAUCCAAACCUUCCCAGGAAUUGAUAUACUUCGGUCAUUCAACCGUCGCCUCUCACUACUCCAACUCCAAUACCCUCCAAUACAAUCCUACGAAACCCGCCAAACCAAUCAAAUAAACACAAUGCCACUAUCCAGCACAGAUACAGCCUUCCUCAACCGCAGCAUCCAACUAGCCCAAGAAGCCCUCGAAGCCGGCGACGACCCCUUCGGCUCCCUCCUCGUAGACGCCCACAACAAAAUCCUCCAAGAAGACCGCAACCGCAUCCACACCGAAUCAAACCUCAGCCUACACCCAGAAUUCACCCUCGCACUCUGGGCCCAAGAGAAUCUCUCUUCCGCCGACCGCGCCGCCGCCACGGUCUAUACCUCCGGCGAGCAUUGUCCCAUGUGUGCGGCUGCGCAUGCGUAUGCGGGAUUGGGCCGGAUUGUGUAUGCCAGUUCGGCGAGGCAGUUUGCGGGCUGGAUGGAGGAGUUGGGGGUUGGGAAGGGGCCGGUUGCGCCGUUGGGGAUUCGGGAUGUGGCGCCCGAGUUGGUUGUUGAUGGGCCGGCGCCUGAUUUGUCGGGGUUGGUUUUUGAGUUGCAUCGGUUGAGGAAGGAGAGGGUUCGUGAUAUGGCGUAGAUGAACUGGAUUUUGUGGAGUUCGAAGUUGAUUGGAUUUUAUAAGAGGUAGCUGCGGUACUUGGUGCUCUG